CCGUUGAGGAGCCACCACAGUCCCUUUUAUCAAGACCGGCUCUCUGGCAGGUUCCGAUAGAACCAACCAGAACCAACCAGCGGCAUCUACAAAGACAAGACCCGGCCGUUCCGUAGAGUCUGGGGCGAUUUCGGCCGGCCUUGGAGGUCCGCAGAAGGCUCGGAGCGCUCGGGACGGACACUCCCCGGCGGCGGCGGCGGCGGCGGCGGCGGCGGCUCGGAGCGGGCUCCGGGACUGGAGCGCAGCGGCCAGGGGACGCCGAGCUGCGAGGAUUACCCGCGGACGUGGUGGUCUCCCCGGCCGGAGCCGGACAGGGGCUCUCGGGGCGGAGGACCGGAGUGCGACACGACAGAUCCGCGCGGCUGGGUCCGUGGCCCGCGAGCCGCGCGGGGACCGGGCGAGCAGGCCGCGUCGCGCUCACCAUGGGCAGCUGCCGGGACGCCGGGGUCCUGCUGUGCGCGCUGCUCGGCGGUCUGCUGCUUACAGGAUCUAGUUCAGGUUCGAAAUUAAAAGGUCCUGAACUGAGUUUAAAAGGCUCCCAGCACAUCAUGCAAGCAGGCCAGACACUGUAUCUCAAAUGUAGAGGGGAAGCAGCCCAUUCAUGGUCUUUGCCUGAAACAGUGAGAAAGGAAAGCAAAAGGCUGAGCAUAACUAAAUCUGCCUGUGGAAGGAAUGAUAAACAGUUCUGCAGUACUUUGACCUUGAACAUGGCUCAAGCAAACCACACUGGCUUCUAUAGCUGCAAAUAUCUAUCUACACCCACUUCAAAGAAGAAGAAAACAGAAUCUACAAUCUAUAUAUUUAUUAAUGAUACAGAUAGACCUUUCUUAGAGAUGCACAGUGAAAUACCUGAAAUUAUAUAUAUGACUGAAGGAAGGGAGGUCGUCAUCCCCUGCCGGGUCACGUCACCUAACGUCACUGUUACUUUAAAAAAGUUUCCACAUGAUACGCUGAUCCCUGAUGGAAAACGAAUAACCUGGGACAGCAGGAAGGGUUUCAUAAUAGCAAAUGCCACAUACAGAGAAAUAGGGCUUCUGGCAUGUGAAACAACAGUCAACGGACAUCUGUACAAGACAAACUAUCUUACCUAUCGACAAACCAAUACAAUCAUAGAUGCCCAAAUAAGCACUCCAAGCCCAGUCAAGUUGCUACGAGGUCGCACUCUUACUCUCAACUGUACAACUACCACUGCCUUGAACACAAGAGUUCAAAUGACCUGGAGUUAUCCCGGUGAAACAAAGAAGAGAGCUUCUAUAAGGCAACGAAUUGGCCGACGCAGUUCCGACGCUAACGUGUUCUACAGUGUUCUUAUGAUUGACAAUGUGCAGAACAGAGACAAAGGACUUUAUACUUGUCAUGUGAAGAGUGGCCCGUCAUUCAAAUCUGUUAACACCUCAGUGCACGUAUAUGAUAAAGCGUUCAUCACUGUGAAACAUCGAAAACAGCAAGUGUUGGAAACUGUUGCUGGCAAGCGGUCUUACAGGCUGUCUAUGAAAGUGAAGGCAUUUCCCUCGCCAGAAGUCCUGUGGUUAAAAGAUGGGUUCCCUGUGACCGAGAAAUCGGCUCGCUAUUUGGUUCUUGGCUACUCAUUAAUCAUCAAAGACGUUGCUGCAGAAGAUGCAGGGGAUUACACAAUCUUGCUGGCCAUAAAGCAGUCAAAUGUGUUUAAAAACCUUACCACCACCUUAAUUGUAAAUGUGAAACCCCAGAUUUAUGAAAAGGCCGUGUCGUCCUUUCCAGACCCGACCCUCUACCCCUUGGGCAGCAGACAGACCCUGACUUGUACCAUUUAUGGUAUCCCUCAGCCUACAGUCAGGUGGUUCUGGCGUCCCUGUCACCAUAAUCAUUCCAAAGCAAGAUAUGACUUCUGCUCCAGUAAUGAUGAGCCCCUGAUCCUGGAUCCUGACAGCAACGUAGGAAACAGGAUUGAGAGCAUCACGCAGCGCACGGCAAUAAUAGAAGGAAAGAAUAAGACGGCGAGUACCUUGGUUGUGGCGGACGCUAGGAUUUCUGGAAUCUACAGUUGCGUGGCUUCUAAUAAAGUAGGGACUGUGGAAAGAAACAUAAACUUUUAUAUCACAGACGUGCCCAACGGAUUUCACGUUAACUUGGAAAAAAUGCCGACGGAAGGAGAGGACCUGAAACUGUCUUGCACAGUUAACAAGUUCUUAUACACAGACAUUACUUGGCUUUUGCUGCGGACAGUUAAAAACCGCACAAUGCAUCACAGUAUCAGCAAGCAAAAAAUGGCCAUCACUAAAGAAUACUCUGUUACUCUCGAUCUCACCGUCAAGAAUGCUUCCCUGGAAGAUUCAGGCACGUAUGCCUGCAGAGCCAGGAACAUAUACACAGGGGAAGAAAUCCUCCAGAAGAAAGAAGUUACAAUUAGAGAUCAGGAAGCACCACGCCUCCUGACAAGCCUCAGUGAUCGCACAGUGGCCAUCAGCAGCUCCAGCACGUUCCGCUGUCUUGUUACCGGUGUCCCAGAGCCUCAGAUAACCUGGUUUAAAAACAACCACCAAAUACAGCAGGCACCCGGAAUUAUCUUAGGACCGGGAAGCAGCACGCUGUUUCUUGAAAGAGUCACAGAAGACGACGAAGGUGCAUAUCACUGCAGGGCCACCAACCAGAAGGGGUCUGUGGAAAGUUCGGCGUACCUCACUGUUCAAGGAACCUCGGACAAGUCUAACCUGGAGCUAAUCACUCUGACGUGCACCUGUGUGGCUGCAACCCUCUUCUGGCUCCUGUUAACGCUCUUUAUCCGAAAACUGAAAAGGUCUUCCUCGGAAAUAAAGACUGACUACCUAUCGAUUAUAAUGGACCCAGACGAAGUCCCCCUGGACGAGCAGUGUGAGCGGCUCCCUUAUGAUGCCAGCAAGUGGGAGUUUGCCCGGGAGAGACUCAAACUGGGCAAGUCACUCGGAAGAGGGGCUUUCGGAAAAGUGGUUCAAGCAUCCGCAUUUGGCAUUAAGAAAUCCCCCACGUGCCGGACUGUGGCUGUAAAAAUGCUGAAAGAGGGGGCCACGGCCAGCGAGUACAAAGCUCUGAUGACUGAGCUCAAGAUCUUGACCCACAUUGGCCACCAUCUGAAUGUGGUCAACCUGCUGGGAGCCUGUACCAAGCAAGGAGGGCCUCUGAUGGUGAUCGUUGAAUAUUGCAAAUACGGAAAUCUGUCCAACUACCUCAAGAGCAAACGAGACUUAUUCUUUCUCAACAAGGAUGCAGCAUUACACAUGGAGCCCAAAAAAGAAAAAAUGGAGCCAGACCCGGAGCAAGACAAGAAACAAAGACUAGAUAGUGUCACCAGCAGUGAGAGCUUCGCAAGCUCUGGGUUUCAGGAAGAUAAAAGUCUGAGUGAUGUUGAGGAAGAGGAGGAUUCCGAUGAUUUCUACAAGCAGCCCAUCACUAUGGAAGAUCUGAUUUCUUACAGUUUUCAAGUGGCCAGAGGCAUGGAGUUCUUGUCUUCCAGAAAGUGCAUUCAUCGGGACCUGGCAGCAAGAAAUAUUCUUUUAUCUGAGAACAACGUGGUGAAGAUUUGCGAUUUUGGCCUUGCCCGGGAUAUUUAUAAGAACCCCGAUUAUGUGAGAAAAGGAGACACUCGACUUCCUCUGAAAUGGAUGGCUCCCGAAUCUAUCUUCGACAAAAUCUACAGCACCAAGAGUGACGUGUGGUCUUACGGAGUGCUGCUGUGGGAAAUCUUCUCCUUAGGUGGGUCCCCGUACCCGGGCGUACAAAUGGACGAGGACUUCUGCAGCCGUCUGAAGGAAGGCAUAAGGAUGAGGGCCCCCGAAUACGCGACUCCUGAAAUCUAUCAGAUCAUGUUGGACUGCUGGCACAAAGACCCAAAAGAAAGGCCAAGAUUUGCAGAACUUGUGGAAAAACUAGGCGAUUUGCUCCAGGCAAAUGUACAACAGGAUGGUAAAGACUAUAUCCCACUAAAUGCCAUACUGACAGGAAAUAGCGGGUUUUCAUACUCGUCUCGUGCCUUCUCUGAUGACUUCUUCAAGGAAGAUAUUUCAGCUCCACAGUUUAAUUCAGGAAGUUCUGAUAAUGUCAGAUAUGUAAAUGCUUUCAAUUUCUUGAGCUUGGAGAGAAUCAAAACCUUUGAAGAACUUUCGCCAAACGCCACCUCGAUCUUUGAUGAUUACCAGAUGGACAGUGGCUCUCUGCUGGCCUCCCCCUUGCUGAAGCGCUUCACCUGGGCUGAGAGCAAACCCAAGGCCUCACUGAAGAUUGACUUGAGAGUAACCAGUAAAAGUAAGGAGUCGGGGCUUUCCGACCUCAUGCGGCCUACUGUCUGCCAUCCCAGGUGUGGGCACACCAGCAAAGGCAGGCGCAGGUUCACAUACGACAACUCAGAGCUGGAGAAGAAGAUUUCGUCCUGUUCUCCUCCCCCAGACUACAACUCGGUGGUCCUAUAUUCCACCCCGCCUGUCUAAAAGUUCGACACGUAGCCUUAUUUCUAGAACCACGCGAGUAUUUAUACCCCCUGAAAACUAGCUUUUGCCAGUAGGACACAUACAUACGUGUACACCUUUACCUUUCCACAGGAGCAAGCUGCCUUUUGUGAUUUUUUUUUAAUAAGUGCUUCUUUUUCUUUUUGACUAACAAGAAUGUAACCCCAGAUAGAGUAAUAGUGAUAAGUAAAGAACACCACUGGUAAAUCCUCACGUUAAUUCAGUGUGUUAGAGAGACCCUUAUUCCCAAGCCCAGUGACUUACCUGCUCCUGCCCCCGAGACCGCAGGGCGUUCAGUGAUUCAGGAGAUGCACCGAUCAUGCGAGGCAGCAUGGACUCCACGGGGCCAGCCACCAGCACCCUGGAACCGGGAGGCAACGAGCCGUAAGCCGGCCCGCGCAGUGUCUCUGGGGUCCUCUAGCAGAUGCAACUUCCGGGGAAGGAGGAGGAGAAGGGAGAAAGGAAGAAGCGAGCAAGGAGGACAAAAGCACUGGGGAGAAUUGGCGCCGUCCUGCAUGGGAAGGGAGUAGGUGAGGGCUGUCCCCCAUGACACUGCAAUGGCUUCCGGACCCGGACCAAACCCGGUCCACACUGAGAACCCACCUUGGGGAGCAGACAGGACAGAGACACGAGGGGACAUUUUCUGGAUUCCAGCAGGCAAGUAAAGGACAAGCAAUUUUUUUCUUUUUGGCAACUACAAAUUUUAAAACGUUAGCUAUGGGACUGGAUCUAUGCCCAUUCC